CGGCCCGGAGGAGGGUGGGUCUCCCCGGAGCGGAGCGCUGGAGUCCUCGUAGUCCUCCUCGUCCUCCUCCAGCCUCCCGGGCUCCCGCCGCCCGCCAGACUCCUCCCCCUGCCGCGCCCCACGCGCUCGGAGCCUCUUAGACGACCGCGCCGGGCGCCCGGCGGCCGGAGCCAGCGCGGCAAGGAACCGGGAGCCCGCGGGGCGGCGGAGCGCUCGCGGUGCAGCUACUAACCUGGUGAAUGCUGUUCCCUUUAGCCUCCCCAGCAGUGUAGAGUCAGCUCUUGAAGUUUCCCAGUCUAAGGGAUUCUUCUUAAUCCUGUGGAGAAAACUACGACACAAGAUGGCUGCAAAUAAGCCCAAGGGUCAGAAUUCUUUGGCCUUACACAAAGUGAUCAUGGUGGGCAGUGGCGGUGUGGGCAAGUCUGCGCUGACUCUGCAGUUCAUGUAUGAUGAGUUCGUGGAGGACUACGAGCCCACCAAAGCAGACAGCUACCGGAAAAAGGUGGUACUGGAUGGGGAGGAAGUGCAGAUCGACAUUCUAGACACCGCGGGGCAGGAGGACUAUGCCGCUAUUAGAGACAACUACUUCCGAAGUGGAGAAGGCUUCCUCUGCGUCUUCUCCAUUACGGAGAUGGAAUCCUUUGCGGCCACAGCCGACUUCAGGGAGCAGAUUUUAAGAGUAAAAGAAGAUGAGAAUGUCCCAUUUCUACUGGUUGGUAACAAAUCAGAUCUAGAAGAUAAAAGGCAGGUUUCUGUAGAAGAGGCCAAAAACAGAGCAGACCAGUGGAACGUAAACUAUGUGGAAACAUCUGCUAAAACCCGAGCUAAUGUUGACAAGGUAUUUUUUGAUUUGAUGAGGGAAAUUCGAGCCAGAAAGAUGGAAGACAGCAAAGAAAAGAAUGGAAAAAAGAAGAGGAAAAGUUUAGCCAAGAGAAUCAGAGAAAGAUGCUGCAUUUUAUAAUCAAAGCCCAAACUUCUUUCUUAUCUUGACCAUACUAAUAAAUAUAAUUUAUAAGCAUUGCCAUUGAAGGCUCAAUUGACUGAAAUUACUUUAACAUUUUGGAAAUUGUUAUGUAUCACCAAAAGCAUGAAUUGGAACUGCACUGAAAGUCAAAUUCACUUAAAAAAGAAAUUAAUGUGGCUUCAAGAAGCAGAGUUCAACUCCUUUCAUAAUUGCCUCCAUUUCUCACAAUCCUGAAUGUAGCGUGAGCUCGUGUCUUGGCAGUCCUUCUUGAACUGUUAAAUAAAGAGGUGAGAUGGGUGGGGGCUGGGAGGAAAGGCCACUUCCUGGGGUGUUUAUGACAAAGCUUAAAUUUUAUAUCAUUUAAAAUGUCUUGGUCUUCUGCUGCCUUGAAAAAUGACAAUUGUGAAUAUGAUAGUUGAACUGUCACUUUUAUUGUUAUGCAAAAUAUAGAGGAAAAAGUUACUGGCAUGGUUGUUGCAUAUUGUUAAACUGAGAGUAAUUCUUCUGUGAGUGUGCAUUAAUUACCUGGUGAUUAGCUGAGAAAAGCGGUGUGAACUUGUAAGCAGAGGUUUUUGAAUAUGCCUUAAUUUAGAUACUGAAAACCCCCAUUGCAGUGGUGUGGGCAUCCCUGCACACUGUCCUGGUGACAGAGCUUAUCUUCCUGCCAAGACAGACUGCAUCUUCUGUUGAUAGAUUCUGGAGAAAUUACCGUCUGCCAGGAGUCUGUCCAAGCUGAAAAUGUGUGCCAUACUCUGGAUCUUGAAGACCAAGUUUCGGAGCACCUGAUUCGUUUAGUAAGCUAGAAGGUAGUUUAAAAUAAAGGGCCAGCAGAUGUUCGUAAGAUACAUUUUGGCUACAAAGGUUUUGCCCUGUUCUGUUUGGGGAACUCAAUUUUCCCUGGAAGUCACUUGUGCAGUGUUAGGGUUUUGUCUCCAGCAGCCGGGCCCAGGAGGAAAGGCCUGCCUGAUGCAGUGUGCACUGGGACCCUGAGGAGGCCCUGUGCUUGCCCACUGCUCCUCCAGUUUGGCUCCUGAGACUUAGAAGCAUGGGAGGUCUGUUCACAUUCACAGUGAACAACACUGUAGCUGCUUUCCUAAGGUCAGCAUCAAGCAGUCAAACCCAAGAAUCAGUGCAGAAGGCAUGUUUGGCCCACACAGACUGGACCUUAAGCUGUCCCCGUGGUGUGGCAUUCCCCUUGGAAGAAUUCCAGCACUUUAUUUGGGAAUAUAAUUUCAACAGGUCAGAGGUGUGUUCAGGCAUUCUGGGUAACAGAUAUGUAUGUAAAGUUGAUCAAAAAUAGGCUAUUUAGGCUCUCAGCUGUAGAUAUCCUGUACAGCUUGUCACAUGAAAUAUUUGUCCUUAAAGGGUUUGAGAUGUGCAUCUUUCAUGUCACCAUUUUCCCAGGCUAAGCCAUGUGCAGGAGCAGCUUUGCGAGCGAGCAAGCGUGUGGGCGUGCGAGCGUGGCCUGCAGGCCCAGCAGCCUCCAUUGUACACAUUGCAGACUGGAAGCAGGGGCCCUAACCACUAAUGUGUGUCUUUGCUUUGAGACCUUUCCUCUCCUGGGUACUGAGGUGCUAUGAAGCCAACUGACAAAGACGCAUCCUAUGUCUUAGGCUGAUGCCACUACCCAAUUUCCUUUGCAAUUUGAGCCAUUUAAAGAACAAUAAACAUCCUUUUUUAAAAAACAAAAAAAUA